AUGCGGUGGUCACUCUUAAUCAACUCAUUCUCUCUCCUCCGCAGACAGACCACCUCCAACGCUACACCAACAACAUCCUCAACUUUCUCUCUCCUCAAAAACCACACCAUGUCCACACCCGAACCCAUCAGCCCAUCCACCACCAAAGUGGGUUGGAUCGGUACCGGCGUAAUCGGUCGUUCCAUGUGCGCCCACAUCCUAGAAGCCGGCUACAAACUUACCGUCUUCAACGACACCAUCUCAAAAGCCCAACCUUUACUCGAUCAAGGGGCCCACUUAGCUACCUCCCCCGCCGAAGUCGCCGCCCAAUCUGACGUCGUUUUCACCAUCGUAAGCUUUCCAUCCGACGGUGUACUCUCUCUCCUCCAAUCACGUGGAAUCCUUGCUUAUAUGACCACUUCUGAUCCCACCCUCGCCGUCGAAAUCUCCACCGCAGCCGCCGCUAAAUCUAUCACCUCAAUAGAAGCACCCGUAUCCGGCGGCGACUGUGGAGCUCGCACACUCUCCAUCUUCGCCGUCGGCUAA